AGGCUGUAGCAGGGCUGAGGGUUUAAAGGGGAUAGGCAACGCAGUUCUUCACUAAGCGUAGGCUGUAGCAGGGCUGAGGGUUUAAAGGGGAUAGGCAACGCAGUUCUUCACUAAGCGUAGGCUGUAGCAGGGCUGAGGGUUUAAAGGGGAUAGGCAACGCAGUUCUUCACUAAGCGUAGGCUGUAGCAGGGCUGAGGGUUUAAAGGGGAUAGGCAACGCAGUUCUUCACUAAGCGUAGGCUGUAGCAGGGCUAAGGGUUUAAAGGGGAUAGGCAACGCAGUUCUUCACUAAGCGUAGGCUGUAGCAGGGCUAAGGGUUUAAAGGGGAUAGGCAACGCAGUUCUUCACUAAGCGUAGGCUGUAGCAGGGCUAAGGGUUUAAAGGGGAUAGGAGCGGGUGACGGCACCGAGGGGAAGGAGAGGAGGAAGAAGAAGAAGGCGGACUCUUAACACUUCCCUCGCCCUAGAGUUGUUGCGUUUUUGCUCAUAUUUGAAGGUGUUUUGUAGUAGCUAUGGCUGUCGCUUUCUCCUCAGCGGUGGUCGUGCCUACGAGGACGUCCUCGUUUAAACCCGAGGCGUGCACAUUCUGCGCACCCAAGGCUGCCAGCCAUAGAGUGCAACGAAUUCCGAGGAAUGCCGAGUUGGGGAGACGAUGCGGAGUUCAUCAAGUUAGGUGUGCGAUUGAGGAGGCCGCGGCGCCUGCUAAAGUUCCUGACACUGCACCUAUCAGUUCCUCGCCAUGGGUACGCAGAUACACUAUAUCCGUGUUCGUCGGGGACGAGAGCGGAAUGAUCAACAGAAUUGCUGGAGUUAUUGCACGACGUGGUUACAACAUUGAAUCUUUGGCUGUGGGCCUGAAUAAAGACAAAGCUCUGUUUACAAUUGUUGUUUCUGGAACUGAUCGUGUCUUGCAACAAGUGAUGAAACAGCUUUCCAAGCUUGUCAGUGUCAAACAGGUAGCUGAUUUGUCGAAGGAGCCACGAGUGGAGCGAGAGUUAAUGCUUUUGAAAGUGAAUGUUGGUCCUACACAACGAGCUGAGGUUCUUGGAUUAGUUGAGAUUUUCCGAGCUCGAAUUGUGGAUGUGGCGGAGGAAUCUCUUACCAUUGAGGUGACAGGUGAUCCGGGUAAGAUAGCUGCUAUGCAAGCCACCAUGGGAAAAUUCGGAAUCAAAGAGUUGGCGCGCACGGGCAAGAUAGCAUUGCGACGAGAGAAGCCUUAUGGAAGAACUCACACCAGUCCUCUCCAAGAUGUGUCGAAGAUGGACUCAUCAGAUGACGAAGAUGAAGUUUCACCGUCUCAGGCUGCCGCGAUUAGUGACCUGUUCCCUACUCCUAAGAACUAUGAUCCAGCUCCAGACGGUGAUGUUUACGCAGUGGAGCCAGAUAAUGAUGGAGUAUGGUACCAUCAAAUAUUGGAUGCCCAUUGGGGAGGUGUAGAAGAGGAUGAUCCUAGCGGCUUUAUCUCCCACACGCUUGGAAUAUUGGUGAACGAUGCACCGGGGGUACUGAACAGAGUAACAGGAGUUUUUGCGCGGCGAGGAUACAAUAUUCAGAGCCUAGCAGUUGGACCAGCUGAGACUCCUGGAACCUCACGGAUUUUGACGGUGGUCCCGGGUACCGACGAAUCUAUAAAAAAACUGCUCAGCCAACUGUCUAAACUUAUCGAUGUUCUUGCGGUACAAGAUAUUACGCACCAGCCAUUUUCAGAAAGAGAGCUAAUGCUUAUCAAGGUUGCUGCUACAUCUGAUGUCCGUCGUGAGGUCCUGGAUGUCGCUGCUAUUUUUCGCGCCAAGCCUGUCGACCUCUCCAACCGCACCAUAACCCUUGAGUUAACAGGAGAUCUUGAGAAGAUGGCAGCGUUACAGCGGUUAUUGGAGCCUUUCGGCAUCCUUGAGGUGGCAAGGACAGGGCGAGUAGCCCUCGUACGUGGAGGAGGGGUAGAUACAAAAUACUUGAGGCAGUUCCAGCCUGCAGCCUCCACUUCUUUCUGAGGUGAUGAAUAGACUUCAGUUUGUAAUAACCGUGGUCAGUGUAAGAGCUCCUCAUGCAUUAAAAACACAAUUUUAAACUUUUAUGAUGUGCA